AUGUCUGUUACUACUACAUCGACCGGCACCGCCGCCUCCGCCUCCUCCAGCUGCACCAACAUGCUCUACGACAUCCCCGUCCACGAUGCCGCCUGCGCCAUGCCCAUGCGCAACAACAACUCCGCCAUCAUGAGCAGCUGCUGUGGCUCCGCCUCCGUCGUCUCCUACGAUAGCUGUGACUACUACUGUCUGGCUCAGGACCAGACCGUCGGUACUCUCGCUGAGUGUCUCAUCAAGGCCUCCGAGGCCGGUGAGGUCUGGUGUAACACCAACGCCAAUGCUACUGCUACCGGUAGCGUCCCUACUACUGGUGCUGGUACUGUUGUCUCGACUGCCACUGCCACUGGUGGCUCUUCUAGCACUGGUUCGAGUACUUCGAGCGGUUCGACUGCUUCUUCGACUAGUGGUGCUGGACUGGCGGUUACUAAGAAGAGUGUGGGUGUGUUGGCGCUGUUGUUCUUUGGUUCGACUGCGGGUUUCUUGUUGUAG